GGGUCUGGUCGCGGCCCCCGCUGGUCCUCGGCUUCAGCCGCUCACCGCUGGAGAGCCGGCCACCGCGCGGGGCCCAAGAGUGUGGGUCGGUAGCGCGCCAGUCCGCGGUGCCCGAAGCCCGAGCGCAGCCUCGAGGUCCCACCUGAGGUGUCCUUGACCUUCCCUGUCUCCCACCUCGGAUCCCGGCAAUGCUAACCGCUGUCUGCGGCUCUCUGGGCAGCCAGCACACGGAAGCUCCUGCUGCCUCCCCACCGCGCCUCGACCUGCAGCCUCUCCAAACAUACCAGGGCCACACGAGCCCGGAGGCCGGGGACUACCCCUCCCCGCUGCAGCCUGGAGAGCUGCAGAGCCUCCCGCUGGGCCCCGAGGUGGACUUCUCACAGGGCUAUGAGCUGUCGGGGGCCUCCUCUCGGGUAACCUGCGAGGACCUGGAAAACGACAGUCCCUUGGCUCCGGGACCAUUUUCCAAGCUCCUGCAGCCGGACAUGUCACACCACUACGAAUCUUGGUUCCGGCCGACACACUCAGGCACCGAGGAUGGCUCGUGGUGGGACCUUCAUCCGGGUACCAGCUGGAUGGACCUCCCCCACACUCAGGGCGCGCUCACAUCACCUGGCCACCCCGGGGCGCUUCAGGCUGGCUUGGGGGGCUACGUCGGAGACCACCAGCUUUGUGCCCCGCCGCCCCACCCGCACCCUCACCACCUCCUCCCAGCCGCCGGAGGGCAGCACCUGCUGGCGCCUCCCGACGGGGCGAAGGCUUUGGAAGCGGCCGCUACGGAAUCCCAGGGGCUAGAUUCCAGUCUGGAUGGGGCGGCCCGGCCCAAAGGCUCCCGGAGGUCAGUGCCCCGCAGCUCAGGCCAGACCGUGUGCCGCUGCCCCAAUUGCUUGGAGGCGGAGCGACUGGGGGCUCCGUGCGGGCCAGAUGGGGGCAAGAAGAAGCAUUUGCACAAUUGCCAUAUCCCGGGCUGCGGGAAAGCCUACGCCAAGACGUCGCACCUGAAGGCUCACCUGCGCUGGCACAGCGGCGACCGUCCCUUCGUGUGCAACUGGCUCUUCUGCGGCAAGCGCUUCACGCGCUCCGACGAGCUGCAGCGCCACCUCCAGACCCACACCGGCACCAAGAAGUUCCCCUGCGCCGUCUGCAGCCGGGUCUUCAUGCGCAGCGACCACCUGGCCAAACACAUGAAAACCCACGAAGGCGCCAAAGAGGAGGCUGCCGGGGCAGCAGCGGUGGGCGAGGGCAAGGCCGGCGGAGCGGAGCCCCCCGGGGGCAAAAGCAAGCGCGAGACAGAGGGCAGCGGGGCUCCCUCCAACUGAGCUCCUCAGUCCCGCCUCCCCGCUGGUCUUCCUGGGGCCAUCAGAAGACAGCCCUCUGGCCUGAUGCCCUUGGGGGGCGGUUUGAGUAAGAGGAAGGUGGUUAUUUAUU